AAUCAUCAAGAAAGAGAAAAGGACAGAGAGAGAGAGAGAGAGAGAGAGGGAGAGGGAGGGAGAGAGAGGAAAAGGUUUUCAAAAAUCAAAAGGACAUGGAGAGGGACUAGAAGAUCCAAGAACCACCACACUUCCCCUCACCUUUCAUUUGCUCAGACACACAGGCCUCACGAGUUACAACAAGGCGUUCUCUGUCUGAGCCCGAGCCUGAGCCUGAGAGGGUUGGGUUUGUCGUGUGUCCCCUGUUCUUCAAGCCCGCAAGAACGAAAGAGAGCCGGGACUCGCUCCUUCGCACAACUCGCACAUUUCUCUAUCUUCAUGUGUUCUUGGAAAGAGAACAAAACCGGAGAGAGAAAAGAAUCAAAUGAGAGGAAGAAAACAGAGGACGGAGAUCCCUCUUCUCCUCCUCCUCGUUCUUAUGAUUCCUGUUUGGACUUAUGCAGUGAGGGGUGACCCACCCCUGUCCUCCAUGUCAGCUCCUCCUGAUCCCUCUCCUCCUUCUCUUUCCUCCUCUCCAGCUUCCACUUCAAUGGCUGCUUUCUCUCCAGGGCUUCCAGUGGGAGGUAGGAAACACCGGUUGGAUUCACAUGAGAAGUUGCUUAUUGCUCUCAUUGUUUCUUGUUCUUUACUGGGUGCAAUCAUCUUGAUCUUCAUGGCCCUUUGGGUUUAUUACAGUAAGUUCUCCCACAAGUCCAGCAAAAUGACUUCUCGGAGAUCAGAAGCUGAAAAGGGGCUUGCAUUAGCUCCAUUUUUGGGUAAAUUCAGUUCUUUGAGAACGGUUAGUCGGAAAAACUCCGUUGCCUUCUUUGAAUACAAGCUUCUGGAGAAGUCAAGCAAUAAUUUUUCGGACAGUAACAUUUUGGGGGUGGGCGGAUUUGGACGCGUUUACAAGGCACAGUUGGAUGACAGCAAACAUGUCGCCAUCAAGAAGCUAGAUUGUGGGAGUCAGGACGCCCUUAGAGAGUUCGAGAAUGAGGUGGAUUUGUUGAGCAAAAUGCAGCAUCCGAAUAUAAUUUCCCUCCUGGGUUAUAGCAUCAAUGAUGAGACAAGGUUUAUUGUUUACGAAUUGAUGCAGAAUGGCUCGUUGGAGACUCAGUUGCAUGGACCUUCUCGAGGAUCAGCAUUAACUUGGCAUAUGCGGAUGAAAAUCGCUCUAGAUACAGCGAGAGGAUUAGAAUAUCUGCACGAGCACUGCAAUCCACCAGUCAUCCAUAGAGAUCUGAAAUCAUCCAAUAUACUGCUCGAUGCCAACUUUAAUGCUAAGCUUUCAGAUUUUGGCCUUGCUGUGACUGACGGAUCCCAAAAUAAAAACAAUGUCAAGCUUUCGGGCACGCUGGGUUAUGUAGCCCCGGAGUACCUAUUGGAUGGUAAACUGACGGAUAAGAGCGAUGUGUAUGCUUUUGGGGUCGUGCUGUUGGAGCUUCUCUUGGGAAGGAAGCCCGUGGAGAAACUUGCACCAGCUCAAUGCCAAUCUAUUGUCACAUGGGCCAUGCCUCAGCUUACUGACAGAUCAAAGCUUCCAAAAAUUGUGGACCCUGCGAUACAAGAUACUAUGGAUAUGAAACACUUGUUCCAGGUCGCUGCGGUGGCUGUGUUGUGCGUGCAACCGGAGCCGAGCUACCGUCCACUGAUAACGGACGUGCUACACUCUCUCAUCCCACUCGUGCCAGUCGAGCUCGGGGGUACCCUGAGAACUGCAGGGCAUUCUGGUAACUAAGAUACAUGCGUAAGAAAACGUGUUUACGAGCAUCUUUUUAAAGAGUAUCAGGUUCUCUAGAAUGCUUAGAACACGGCGGCCGAGCAGCGGAGACCCCGUUUCGCAUGUGGGUUCAUGGUCAUCCUGGGCAUCGCCCCCGAAACAAAAGUGGGCCGGAGAGGAGAAAGUUCUUAUCUGUGUACUAAUCUGUAAAUUGCAGGGGCUAUAUAAUGAAGUUGGUUCCAUA